AUGGACGUAAAGUGCACGAAUUCGACCACUUUGUGGUCGUUGCAAAGCAUUCGAUUUCGCAUUGUGCUGCUUCUUGCCUUGGCGCUCUGUGUCGAAGGUUUGAUGCGAAGCAACAUGAAUAUGGCGAUGGUUUGUAUGGUGAAUCGGACAGCCGUUGUCCAGCUUGAAAAUUCUAACAGUAACGUUUUGUCUUUGCACUUUAGAUCACAUGUAGGCAGCCGGCGGUCCGCUGGCCGGAUCCGGCCCGCGACUGGUUUUAAUCUAGUUUGCGGAGAGGAUCGGAAUGUGGUACCUAACUAG